CAAAUAUUGACUGGAGGCCGGGAGUCGAAUCAGUUCAGCGGAUUCUAACCUUCGGGCUCCAGCUGUGUUUCCAAAAAGGGCUUCCCCUGCCAGGACUUUUAUUUUUUAUUUUUUAUUUUUUUAUUAAAUGUGUGUGUGAGGAUUUGUGUGUAUGAAACAUGGUGCGUCUGCCUCUGAUUCUGGGGCUCCUGCUCCUCCACCAGGGCCUCUGCUUUGAGUUUGUGAUAGACGGAGAGUGGGAGGACGAGAGGUCGGGUAUGCGGGAUCACCGGGAGCGACACAAGAGAGCCAUAUUGACCAGCGAGGAGGAGGAAGACUUCGAGGCCAUCCGUGGAGAAGACAUCACCGUCCGGAGCUACAAGAUGGAGAGUCGCAUCACGUCCCGCUUCGCCCACACCACCGUCCGGAGCGCGGUGGUCAACUCGGGCUCCAAGGCCCAGAGCAUCGGCUUCAACGUCCAGAUCCCCAAACGAGCUUUCAUCACCAACUUCACCAUGAACGUGAACGGGAUAACGUUCAUGGGCUCGGUGAAGGAGAAGACGGUGGCCAGGAACCUGUACGCGCAGGCUAGGGCCAAGGGCAAGGCCGCGGGCAUCGUCAGGACUAAUUCUCAGGACAUGGAGACCUUCAAAACAGAGGUCCACGUUCCUCCUGGCAGCAACAUCGAGUUCGAGCUGCACUACCAGGAGAUGAUGCAAAGGAGGCUGGGCUUCUACGAGCAUUCGCUGUACCUGCAGCCCGGGAGGCUGGUGCCACAGUUCCAGGUGGACGUCUACAUCUACGAGCCGAAUGGAAUCGCCAAGGUGGAAGCGCCAAACAACCUCGGAGCGCAGUUUGACGAACUGAUUAAAGUGACAUCCACCAAAGACAAGGCUCAUAUCGUCUUCAAGCCUAGUUUGCAGCAGCAGAGAAAGUGUGAGAACUGCACAGGCAGCGCUAUCGACGGCGUCUUUGUUGUCAAAUACGACGUGAACAGAGACAGCAAUGCAGGGGAACUGCAGGUUUCAGACGGUCACUUUGUUUAUUUUUUCGCUCCAACAAACCUCUCCCCUCUCCCUAAAAACAUCGUGUUUGUCAUCGACGUCAGCGGCUCCAUGUGGGGGGUCAAGAUGAAGCAAACGGUGGAGGCCAUGCAGGCCAUCUUGGAUGACCUGACCAUCGACGACCACUUCAGCAUCAUAGACUUCAACCACAACGUGCGCUGCUGGAGCGAGGACCUCGUCCCCGGAUCGUCUAUUCAGGUCGCGGAUGCAAAGAAAUACAUCCAGAGCAUCAAACCCAACGGAGGCACCAACAUCAACGAGGCUCUGAUGAGAGCAAUCCACAUACUCAUCAAGGCGUCCAAUCAGGGGCUCAUCGACUCCCGCUCCGUCUCCAUGAUUAUCCUGGUGUCUGAUGGAGACCCCACCGUUGGAGAGAUUAAGCUCAGCACCAUCCAGAAGAAUGUGAAGCGAGUGAUGAGGGAGGAGUUUUCUCUCUUCUCUCUUGGCAUCGGAUUUGACGUGGACUAUGACUUCCUGGAGCGCAUCGCGAUGGAGAACAGGGGCAUGGCUCAGAGGAUCUACGCUAACCACGACGCAGCAGAGCAGCUACGGUCGUUCUACAGCCAGGUUUCCUCUCCUCUGCUGAGGAGAAUCUCUGUCCUGUUCCCGGAGGACUCUGUGUCCGACGUCACCCAGAACCGCUUUGACAAAUACUUUGGCGGCUCGGAGCUGGUGGUGGCCGGGAAGGUGCUGCCAUCCGACAUCAGCACACUGACCGGCUUCACCACUGCAUCUGCUGCCCGUAUGGACCUCACUUUGGAGGCGGAUACAGACACCACAUUGCUGGACACGGAGCUGGCCAAACUGCAGCACGCGUUCACCGGCUUUGCCAAACAGCUGUGGGCAUACCUCACCAUCAAACAGCUGAUCAGUGACAGGUCUCUGGCAACAACAGCUGCCAAAAAGAGACGCAUCACCCAGCGGAUCAUGUCUCUGGCUGUAGAGCAUCAGUUUGUCACUCCGCUCACCGCUCUGCUGGUGGAGAGCGAGGACGCCCAAGAGAGGCUGCUGGCCGACUCGCCGAGGGACCCAAGACAUGGCUGCUGCUCAGGAACUGGAAGUGGACCCUUGGCUCCGAUACAGGUCGUCUACCAGCCUCCACCUUGGGUCCAGAUAGCCACCCCGGCCCCACCGAGUCAAGUUGACAAGGGUCCACAGGAUGAGUUGGUGCCUCCAAAGGUCACCUUAGUGGAUAAUGACCCUCACUUCAUCAUCCACCUGCCCAGAAGUGACAUGGACGUCUGCUUCAACAUCGACUCCAAACCGGGUCAUAUUCUCAACCUGGUGUCUGACCCUGGGACAGGCUUGGUGGUGAACGGCCAGCUCAUCGGCUCCAAACGAGUGCACAAAAACAAACUCAACACCUACUUCGGCAUCAUCUCCAUCUACUACCAGCCGGAAGGAGUCAGCGUGAAAAUCAACAACGACAGCAUCAGCAUGACAGACGGCAUGAACAACCACUCCUUCACCUGGAUGGCCACGGCCAAUAUCUCACAGGACGGGGUGAGGAUUUCCAUCGUCAAGGACUCUCAUGUCACCAUCACAAUAAAUAAUAACAUCCAGGUGAUGGUGUUGCUUCACCGUGCGUGGAAGAAAAAUCCCGUCAGUGUGGACUUCCUCGGCAUUUACAUUCCCAACGAGAACCAGUACUCGCCACUGGUCCAUGGACUCAUAGGGCAGUUUUCUAACGAGCCGGACGUGAACGUGUACAACAUCCACCAAGGAGCCGAUCCACUGAAGAAGGAGGCCACCAUGGAGGUGAAGGGCAACAAGCUGCUUGUCACCAGGGGCUGGCAGAAAGACUACCGGCGCGAUAAGAAACGCGGCUCCGACGUCUACUGCUGGUUUGUUCACAACAGCGGGAAGGGCUUCAUCGACGGCCACUACACCGACUACAUCGUCCGCGACCUGAACAGCUUCCUGCACGAGCCCUGAUCGGUCGGACUCGUGCGUUCCACUUCCGUAUGCUGCUGCUGUUAAAACCAUUAGAGAGAAAACUAGGACGGUUUUAAAAAGAGGAAGACAACAUGCAGCUGUUUUUUGUUGUUGUUUGUUUUUAGAGUUUCUUUUCUUUAAAAAAAAAAAAAAAACGUAUUUUCCACAGAACACCAAUUUUUUUCAAAUUUAUUUGGACAAAAUGUACAUCUGCAAUAUUGGAUACAAAAUAAAAAGAAAAAAUCAUCGA